UUUUUUCUAAUUUGCUUUGCCUAUAUGUCUGCAAAUGUUCCAGCUAUUUAAUAAGUAAUUCACUCCAUUUUUUACGGCUCAUUUAGGCGUUUGCAUCUCCAUGGGAACCAGAAACCUGGUAGUAAACAGUAGUCUUUUGCUGUACAGUGCAAAGGGACACCGCUUUCAGCUUUGGGUGUCUGACGAUGGAUACAAUACGUCUCGACAGAUCAGCUUUAAAAGCAGUGGAUGAUUACUGGGAAUACAGGAGGAUUGUGGGUGAUGAUGAUGGUGGAAAACUGUUCACUCCAGAGCAAUAUGAAGAGUACAAAAGGAAGGUUCUGCCUCAACGUGUGAAGAACAGGCUUUAUGUGAGCUUUGGUGUAUCAGGGCAUAUUGACUGCAAACUGAUUGGCCCUGAAACCCAAUGCUUUUGUGCACACAGGUACAAGCAGCAUAAGACAGACUGGGAUGUGGUUCCCCCUGAGAGACCCCUGGCCCUACCAUGCCAGGUUAGGGGGUGUCAGUGCUCUGCUUUUCAGUACAUUCCUCGUCUUGGGCCAAACCCUGUGCGCUGUAAGUGUAAACACUUACCUCAAGAUCACAGUGAAGCCACAGGUCAUCUGUGCAAGAUUUGCAAUUCCUGCUCUGGGUUUAAGAGUCCUUACACAUGUGGCUGUGGCCAGCCCUGCUAUGCACACAAGACCCUGGUUGAAACAAAAUUGGAGAGGGAGGCAAGGGGUCAACCUGUUUGCAAAGAUGUCCCUUAUGCUGCCAUGGGAGGGCUGACAGGGUUCAGCUCUUUGUGUGAUGGUUACCUAGCUUUGAAGCUGGUGAGUCUGGUACAAUCUGCUUGUAAUUGUGUCAGACAACAUCAUCCUCCUGCAAGAAGGUGUGCAAUUUCAAGAAAUUUUCAGCUUUAACAUUCUUUGAACUCUGAAGUUAGUGUUUUGGUGACACAGCCUUUCUUAAGGUGCUGGAGCACAAAGUAGGAGUGUAAAUACUUUUCAAUAGAGCUGAGGAAUUUUCCUUUUUGAGGCAUGCGAGGGCAGCAAAGAGCAGCACAGUGUCAGUUGUGGAUUGAAUGAGUCUGCUGAGCAGGAAUUGGUGCAGGUCAAAAGUGUACAGUAUCUGUUACCACAUUUGACUCUAUUUGUUGUGGAGCUGUAUAAACACAAAUAAACAAGCCUUUCUAAUUCCUGAGAGAUCAGCUCAGUUCUUUUGAAGCAAAUGUGUAAAGAUAUAGCAGUUUGAAUAUUCUUUAACUUUUGUAAGGUAGUUCUCAACACCAAAGCAAUGCAACUAAUAAGUAAAUGUGCAGUGUGUGUUUUAUUUAAUCUGUUUAUGCAUCAUCGAUAUGCUGUGGACUGAUCGAUCCAGAAUUUAUAAACAUAUAGGCUACUGAAUUCUCAAAUGUCAAAUUAACCACAUUCAUAAUAUAAACAGCUUUAUAUUUAUGUAAGACCAAUUCAUAUUUGGGUAUAUUAUAAGUUUUUAUAUAUUUUAUGUCCAUCAAUGACUGCAGAGAAAUGUAUGAAAAAUAGUCCUUUAGUAAGAGACAUGGCAUACUGUUGAAUGUAAAUAUGCUCUAUUCUU